AUGUCUCUCGAUAGUAUUGCGGAGAAAAAGCGAGCAGAGUCUUGCUAUAUAUUUCGUCUUAUUCAUUUAUAUUUUGUCUUUAUGAUGACCCACCUCUUAUCUGGAGCACAUUAUAACAAUGACAAGUUGGUUGCUCAAAUCCAAGCAGAACUUGUCUGGAGAUCGUCGAGUGUUGACUAUCACUGGGUUUGGUGGGAUCCUGGACAGAAAAUGCAGAAGAGGUUUUGCGAAGAAAGGAGGCACCGGCGAUGGUUACCGACAUGGUUCAAGAGCUAUAGCUACAUUGCUGCUGAUACAAUAUGGAACCCAGGGCCCCCUUCCCGCCACAGCAACGCUACUACGUCGGAUUUUUGCAGUGGAUAUGCUUCUCUCAGAGCUAUGACCGGGGCGCUUUCGAAAAGCCACACACCUGGAUCUAUUACAAGUCGAACAAUCUACUAUGCACUUGGAGCAAGCAAUAUAACGAGCUCGUCUAGCCAAUCGCUUUUUCAGCGUGGCUGUCGGCGACCGUCAACGAGAGUAAAGGCAAACCAGAGCCGCCAGUAUCGAAGCGAAUGCAUAAGAAAGUGCACGUUCGAACGGGGGCAUCUCAAACACACGAGCAACAUCGAUACGCAUCAACACCAGUCACACUUUUUCUCCAGCACCAGUGUCAUGCGCUCGGAUUUGGCAGGUCGUGGCACGGAAAAUACACGCAGUCUGUCGCUUCCAUGCCUCUUCAGCCAGAAGUAUGAAAGUACGCUCGUCUCCAAAGCGUCACACAGCGCCAAGCCAAGUUUUCCAAAAGGCAGACUAGAGGCGGCGAACAAGCCCCGAGAUUUUCGCAAGCUUCAAGUCUGGUCUGCUCGGAUGGCACUGCAACCGUCCCGAUAUACAGAGCUUCUAGGACCACCUGCAGGGACUCCGCGAUCUGGGCUUUCUGCCACCAGUUCGUCCGACCAGACGCCUGUAUCAGUUCUAACCCAAACAGGGUGCAAGGAGGCGACCUCAACGAAAUGCAGCACAUUAGUCCUUAACCAUUCUAGCAAACAUAAUCAUGUCAAGAAUGUGGAAGUAGCGGGGAGUGUUAUUCAUGUUGCUGGUUUAGCUAUGCGAUACCCUGCAGUCCCUGCAUGUAGUCGAUCAAGCUUACCAUGUCGUCUAGAGGCCCGCCCCCGUACUGCAUUAGGUUCGGAAGAAGGAAGGGAACCAGAUCGUUGCACGCGACAGAAGAAGUUACUGUGCAUCCAUCGCUCUAGAGCAAAGGAGGCCCGGGAGAGAAAGAAGCGGGAACUGAAAGGACUUCUGGAAGGGAUAGUUCCUAUUAGCGAGCUGACUCGUUGGGAGAUACAGUUCAUAGACGGACUGGACCGGAAACUGGAGUGGCUCUACAACCAGCUUUGUCCAGGCCGGAGACCCUACCAUUUCGCUUUGCUUGCAAAUCACUGGCUCAAUAUAGAAACCUGGCUUGUGGUCGACCCACCUACGCGAAUCUCUAUCGAGGCCAGAAGGCGACUGGGGGAUCCAAGGUUCAACUCGCCAUACCCCAACCCAGACUGGAGCGCGAAACCAAAGUACCCAAGGGUGUCACGCAAAGCAGUCUACACGCCUAAAAUCAACUCAUGGAGACUAGCUGUUAAUCGACACAGAAAAGCGUCUGGAUUACGUGACAUGGUCAAGACAAUCAGAUUUUACCACGAUUCGACAGAUGAUCCCCCGGACGGUAAAGUUGACCCAUCCUGCUGGAUGCUUCGCAGACCCCCGCAAGGACCGUCCAUGACAGCUCGACAAAGGAAAAUGUAUUAUGAAGGGGGGGCAGGAUGGCAAGAGACAUUCGAUGAUUGGCAAAAGAUCCGCCAUGGCUAUCUGAUUCGGAAAGCCAUCCACGAAGGCAGGGCUAACAGAACAAGAGCAAAAGAAAUUGCCAGAGCGAUCAGUCGGUGUUCUCAUAUGGCAACGACAAAAGGCUCCUGA